UAUCAUUAAUUAAUAAAAUAGCCAUAAAUAGGUAUUUUAUGAUGUAACUAAUAUGAAUCAAAACUAUGAGAAACACUUAUUACAAAAAUGUAUGGUCGCCGUUGCGUUCGCCAUUAUUAAAAGUAAGCCACUAGGUCGUUCUUUAGAAGAAUAUGUUAAUGAUGUGAAGAAUAAAUUGGAAUAUCGAGAAGAUUUAUCUGAAGACGUAUCUAUAUCUGAGAGUGAUUUUGGAAAUUGCGAUAAUGAAAUCAAUGACGUAAACAAUCUGGACAUUGAAACUGAAGCCAUUUUACCCGAAAACAAUAUUAGUGAUAAAGAUUUCCUUACAUUAGAUAGUAAUUUUAAUACACAAGCUAAUUCAAGGCAUAUUAACGAAAGCUUUGGGCCUGUGGAAGGCAUAAAUAGAAUUCAAAUCGAGAAUAUGUCUAUAUUGGUAGAUGUUAAUACCAUUAAAGAAAAUCAUCAUCAAGAACUUGUAAGAACGACAUCUAUAAAAGAAGUAUUAGAUAUAUUUAAGGAUAUAGAUAAAAUAAAUGAUAAUAAGAUUUUUAUCAGCACGUCCACUUCGAAGGCUCAUGCUCAGUCAACGCAAGAAUCCAAUUCACAAACGUCCUUAACCAAGGCUUCUACUGCGGAUAAUGAUAACACUUUUUGUUCAUUCGGAGACAAAGCAACUAACAGUAUUGACACUCAAAAUACAGAACUAUAUACUGUACAUGGAUACACUGAUAAUUAUACCCAUAUAAGUCAAAGUCAGGAUAUUGAUAUCGUCGUACCAAAAAAAUUGAUCCAAAAUCGCUAUAGUAAUAUUAAUGUUGGUGAUAAAAAAAAAAUCGAAAAGUUUGAACAUGUAUCUAAUGUUAGAAAUGGCGAUAACGUAUUCAAUAAUAUAAAUAACAUUACAAGAACGGAAGAUACUUUUUAUAAGAGUUAUAAUAAUGACGGAGAAUGUAACACAACAAUCAGUCGUUUAGAUACUCUACGUACUAACGAAGUUGUUGAUAGUAAGACUAAAAAAAUUAAAUUAUCAAAAAGUAGCGUAUCAAAAUCGUCAGAUGAGUACGGAUUUCUAUGUAUAGAUAAUAAUGAAAUAAAUAAUACCUCUCUUUUUAAUGAAAUAGAAAUAAAUAGUAACAUUUCUCUUAACGGCAACAAACCUAAAGAACGACCACUAGAAAAUCGACAUAAACUCCAGAAUGUUAACAAUGACUCGACAUUUUCAAGUACCUCGUUUCUUAAUGAUCUAGAAAUAAACAGUAACUCACAUCUUAGACCUUCUCCUAAAGAACGACCACUAGAAAGUCAACAUAAACUCCAGAAUGUUAACAAUCAAUUGACAUUUUCAAGUACCUCACUUCUCAAUGAUCUAGAAAUAAACAGUAACUCACUUCUUAGCAGCAACAAACCUAAAGAACGACCACUAGAAAAUCAAAAUAAAUUCCAGAAUGUUAAGAAUAAAUUGACAUUUUCAAAUACCUCGCUACUUAACGAAUUAGAAUUGAAUAGUAACUCACUUGUUGGCUGCAGUCAACCUAGAGAACGAAUACCGGAAUAUCAAAAUAGGAUUCAGUAUGUUGAAUUUGAUAUUGCGGCUGUUAACAUUGAGAACAAUUUUAAUUUGUCGGAUAAUCAAUUCACAUUUGCAUCUACUGAUCCAGAAAUUCAGCACAAAACCGAUUUGUUAAAAGACAGUACGGGAAAAGAUAAAGCUAAAGGGAAUGAUAAUAAUGCGAAGAGCGAUGGAGCUGCAAAUAAUUGUAAGUGUAGACAGCUAAGUUCAGGCUACGAAACGCAGUGUCCUAGCAGAAAUUUAGUAUUGGAUAGUCCGAAUGAAAUCGGACAAAGAUCAGACGCAGAAGAUCCAGAAGAAAUAGUCACAUUUAAAAUUCUUGAGGAAUUGAGCAGAGUCAAAAAUUAUUUGAAUAGGCAGGACAGAUUUAGUGAUAGUGGACGAAGUUCUCAAGGGUCUCAACUGUCAGGCGCUAAAAUCAACGAGUCCGGUUAUUGUUUAUUGAACUAUUUGGUGGAGUAUCCACUGAUCGAAAGAUCUUUGGAUAUAGUUGAAGAAGUUUCGCGGAUUUUAGGAGAACUUGUAGACAGGCUACAUGACUAUGAGAACUACCCCCAGUUUGUAGAUAAAAUCCUCGAGAAGACGCAGGAACUUGUUAACGACAUCUAUGAAGAAGAUCGUACAGAGGAUUUGUUCAAAAAGGAAGACCAGAUCAAUCGUCUGCUCCACCUGAACCGGUCGAUCAACGUGACCAAGUUCACGAUAGAGAAGAUGCUGCCCAUCCUCCAAGAGGUACACCUUCGGCUGCAGAGAAAGGAUUUCCUGGAGCUGGAGCUGGUGAAAACGGAGAACUUGUGCUACAUACUGCACACUCUAGAAGUGCUCUUGAAGAGAUACAAUGCGACUGCUUCAAGCCAGGCCAGCACGCAGCCAUCACAACAAUCACAAGAAGACGAAAAGAGCCUCAAGCGCAGCACGAUAACAGAGAUUUGGAGGAAGAGGUGGAAUUUGAGCAGGAGUGACGUAAGCGAAGGUAGUUUUAAGAAGAAAUGCGUCCUCACUCAGAUCAGUGAGGUACUGAACAAAAUGAUAGUGGAAGGCAUGGAGGGAUAUAGCCUGAUAUCGUUCCAGGCGCUACAGUGUUUCAACUUGUUGCAGUCUUAGAAUAAAAUUACUUAGUA